AUGGCUGAUAUUUAUCCUUCGUUGGCGCAAUGCGCAAUCGUCGCUACGGCUUUCAAGAUUCUACUCUUCCCCGCCUACAAAUCAACCGACUUUGAAGUGCAUCGGAACUGGCUUGCUAUCACACACUCGUUACCGGUUAAGGAGUGGUACUACGAGAAAACAUCAGAAUGGACCCUCGACUAUCCGCCCUUCUUUGCAGCUUUUGAAUGGCUUCUAUCUCAAGCGGCUCGCUAUGUGGAUCCUUCAAUGUUGGUCGUUGAGAAUCUCAAGUAUGAUUCAUGGCAGACCGUUUAUUUUCAGAGAGCCACUGUCAUUUUUACGGAGCUUAUCUUGCUCUAUGCUCUGAACCGGUUCAUCAAAUCCGCACCUCAAGCCAACAAACACCUUGCGCAUAUCGCAAGUCUUUCGAUCUUUUUGUCGCCUGGGCUGCUCAUCAUUGACCACAUUCAUUUCCAAUACAACGGCUUUCUGUACGGUAUUCUCGUCCUAUCGAUCGUUCUGGCGCGCAAGCAAUCGACCCUACUAUACAGUGGUAUCUUGUUCGCGGUCCUGCUGUGCUUGAAGCACAUCUACCUUUAUCUUUCUUUAGCCUACUUUGUUUACCUGCUGAGAGCCUACUGUCUGGAUCCGAAGUCCGUCUUUCGACCCCGGUUCGGCAAUAUCUUGAAACUGGGCUUGAGUGUCAUUGGUGUAUUUGGCAUAGCUUUUGGUCCAUUCGCUCAUUGGAACCAGCUGCUCCAACUGAAGGACAGGCUAUUUCCAUUCUCGAGAGGACUGUGCCAUGCUUACUGGGCGCCGAAUAUCUGGGCGAUGUAUUCUUUUGCCGAUCGUGUGCUAAUUACGCUCGCUCCACGCCUAGGCCUUCCGAUCAACCAUGAGGCUUUGACGAGCGUCACGCGCGGUCUUGUCGGAGAUACAUCCUUUGCCGUUCUUCCAGAGAUCACAAAGGAACAAACAUUUGCGCUGACGUUCUUGUUCCAAUUGCUUCCCCUGAUAAAGCUCUGGCUUCAUCCGGAUUGGGACACGUUCGUUGGUGCUAUUACUCUAUGCGGUUAUGCUUCAUUCUUGUUUGGCUGGCACGUUCAUGAGAAAGCUGUUCUCCUGAUCAUUAUUCCAUUCAGUUUGAUAGCGCUCAAGGACCGACGCUACUUCAGCGCAUUCCGACCCCUCGCGGUUGCAGGACAUGUUUCACUAUUCCCACUGCUUUUCACAGCAGCCGAAUUCCCGCUGAAGACCGUGUAUACCGUGUGGUGGCUGGUCCUUUUCCUGUUCGUGUUUGACCAAGUCGCCCCGGUUUCCGAGCGGCCGCGGAUCUUCGUUUUUGACCGCCUGUCCCUGCUAUACCUGACAGUGGCUAUCCCGUUGAUUAUAUACUGCUCAUUGGUGCAUCAGCUUAUUUUCGGAUGGGACCGCUAUGAGUUUCUUCCGCUGAUGUUCAUGAGUAGCUAUUCUGCUCUGGGGGUAGUCGGCAGUUGGGUCGGGUUCAUGGUCGUCUAUUUCACCGCAUAA